AUGCGAUUUGGACAUAAAGGUAAGCUGAGUCUUCGUUAUAUUGGGCCAUAUGAUAUUGUCGAAAGAGUUGGACCGUUAGCGUACAGGUUAGCAUUACCUCCAGAGUUAGAGCAGAUUCAUAAUGUUUUUCACUUCAGCAUGCUUCGACGUUAUCGAUAUGAUCCUUCACAUGUUCUGAGAGAUCCUGAUACACAGAUUUCUGAGAAUCUGAGUUACAUAGAGGAACCAAGAACUCCAUCACCCAGUCCAUCUCCACCUCCAUCACCUAUCCAGUACGAGCCUCAUUCUCCAAUUCUAAUGGAGAACGACGGGGAGAACAACAAUGAGGAUCCUACCAUUCGUGAACUCCGUCUGCAGCUGGCUGUCAUGCAGAGGCAAUUGGAUGAGCAGAACGCGAGGCCAGUGCCCGUACAGAAUCAGACAGGUUCAGAAGAUGCCAACAAGCACCUCACCAAGUUCAUACAGAUCAGCAACACAGUGAAGGCGAAUGGGGUCACAGAUGAGCAAGUUCGCCUCCGAUUAUUUCCAUUCUCUUUGAAAGACGAGGCGAGGGACUGGUAUGACAGCAUGGGUCCUAAUUCUGUGCCCACAUGGGAUGCAAUGGUGGAGCUGUUCUUGGAGAAAUACUAUCCACCUAGCGAGGCACUCAAACGCCAAGCUGAGGUCAUUCAAUACAAGAUGCACCCUCAGGAGAAUAUCAUGGAGGCUUGGAAAAGGUUCAAGCAUCUGAUGAGAAGAUGCCCCAAUCACGGGCUAACUCCGGGACAACAAAUCUUAACCUUCUACAGGGGAGGCACGCUGGAAGCAAUGCGUGAACUAAACAUGAGCGCCGGAGGAUCUCUCUUGAAAUUGGGGGAAGCUGAAGCACUUGAAGUGAUUGAGAGGGUGGCUUCAAAUGAUGAUGGAUGGAGAAACGACAGAGGCAAAUCUUAUAGAGUGGCAUCCACCUCCGAUAAUGAUAGGAUGGAUGCAAUAUCCAAGCAGCUGGAAUUCAUAACUGACAAGCUGGGGUAUAUGGGAAUGAGUCAAGUUGGGACUGAGAUGCAACAAGGAGUAGAAGAUGUGAACUAUGUUCAUCAAGGUGGCAACAACAGAAAUUUCAACAAUUAUCGCCCCAACCAAGGAGGAGGCAAUUACAACCACUAUGGGAACAAGGUGCAUCCCAACUUGUCCUACGGGAACCCGAAUAAUGCCAUGCAACCACCACCCGGAUUCCAGUUAUCAAAUGACCAAAUCGUAGAACCGAAGAAGGAUGAGCUGAAAGAUGUGCUAAUGGCCUUUAUGAAGCAAACAGGAGAGUGCAUGAAGGACUCCAACAAACGGCUAGUGCAGGUUGAAGCUAAUGUGAAUGACCUGAAUAUUCACAUGAAGAGCAUCGAUAACCAGAUCAGCCGGAUUUCACAGGCCGUGGGUAUUCAGCAUCAACCGGGCCAAUUUCCAUCACAAACGGUUGUAAAUCCUAAAGACUUUAAGGAUUGCAAAGCCAUUAAUCUUAGGAGUGGAAAGAGCUAUGAGGGCCCAACCAUGCCUACAGAGAAGGAGGGGAUCUCUAAAGAAGAGAGAGUUGUAGAAGAAGUGGUGGAAGAAGAAGAAGCAGUGGAAGAGGUGCCACCUCCUAAGGCGAGUACCGUGAUACCUGCACCCCCUGCUGAGAUCAAGAUCCCUUUUCCACAGCGCGUGCAGAAGAAGAAACUAGAUGAUCACUUCUCUAGGUUUCUUGACAUAUUCAGAAAGGUGCACAUCAACAUUCCGUUGGUAGAGGCGUUACAGCAAAUGCCUAGCUAUGCAAAAUUUUUGAAGGAAUUGAUCUCCAAGAAGCGGAGGUGGGUGGAGCACGAAACCGUCAACCUGACAGAGAGCUGCAGUGCUAUUAUCCAGAAGAAAUUGCCCGCUAAGAUGAAAGACCCUGGAAGCUUCACUAUAUCAUGCAUCGUGGGGGAUAGCCAAGUGGGCAAGGCUCUAUGUGAUUUGGGAGGGAGCAUUAACCUUAUGCCUUUCUCAUUCUUUCAGAAGUUGAAGAUUGGGACACUGAGGCCCACUACCAUCACACUCCAGAUGGCCGACCGAUCUGUGUCGUAUCCGAGGGGGAUUGUUGAAGAUAUACUCGUCAAAGUCAAUAAUUUCAUAUUCCCCGUGGAUUUUGUGGUGCUUGAUAUGGAGGAAGACCGGCAUGUCCCUCUCAUCCUGGGAAGACCUUUCCUCGCUACAGGGAAGGCAAUGAUUGAUGUGCAGAAGGGAGAGCUCACACUCCGACUUAAUGAUGAAAGCGUCACAUUCUCUAUCUACAAUGCGUUGCAAAGACAUGAUGACGAGGAUGCAAAGAGAGUGGAGCACUGCAACAUGGUUGAAGUGGUCGAUGACUGUGUGAGAGGGAUGGCCCGAACCAUCUCUCCACAAGACCAAUUGGAGCGAUGCCUAUCGCAAUCUAUCUUUUCUCCUUAUUAUACUGAUGUUAUUGAGCCUAAUGACGAAUUAUUGAAUUUUGUAGGAGCUCUUAACUCGGCUGAGGAAGUCCCAAGGUUUCAACAGAAAUUUCAGCCAUUAAGGGACCCAAAUGAGGAGGAAAAGAAAUAG